GUGAUUGGAGGACCAUUCCUCCGAGUGUGCAUUAGUACUUAUUGGUUUCCAUGGAAACCUAGCAUCAAGGAGAGCUUUCAGAUGACGUUUGUUUCUAUGACAACCAGGACAAGCCACUCUUUCCUUCCUGGUGGCAGAUGCAUUCCCCAAGAACCCUGGCUGAUUGAAGAAAUGGAAUGACUGUAGAAACCUCAGCACAAUGCAUGCACGUCCAGCACACCGCUGAAAACCCAAGUGCAAACAUCUCCAUGAGACUCGGGGAGGAGGCUGGCCUGUGGCGGUGGUGGCAGCGGAGGGUCCACUGCAGCCAUGAGGCCAAGAACAUGGGACAAGCACAGUGGAAAGAACGACUGGCCACAAGGGACAAGUAGGUGUGACAGCCAGGUGCCCUGCCUCUCUUUAAUCACUUCUGACAUCUAAUACUUGCUGUGCAGCAGGACAGAACAUGUGCGGCCAGACAAUGUCUUGUCCUGAACUGCGACUUUUGAAACAAAGAAGCGGAAAAGGACCUUUUCUGUAGACACCCUAAUCUUCUCUGUAGGUGAGAAAGUUAAAGAGCACAGCCAUGAAACUACUAAGGAUGUUUGAAAUGGAAGCCAUGGUGCCCCCAGGAGGGGUAGAGUGGAAAGUCCCAGCCCACCCAGGCAAGGAAACAGGGGAAAGGAGAGUCCUUAGGAAGUCCCUGGAGAUCCUAGAGGAAAUCCCACCACGGGGUGAGGGAAGUCAUGGCCAUGCACAAGGGGUCCCCACCUCCAAGGAGCCUCAGAAGGUUCCUGGAGAGCAAGCCACCCCACACUCUCCCCAAAAGCAAGCGAGACACAAAGGGGGCUCCCAGGCCCGGCGUAGGAGAAGGGGACACUCAGGGUCCUUGCCAGUGCCUUGGGGGAAGGAGGCUCCCCUGAGCAGGGAGACAGGCCAGGGGCACAAGGCCAUGGCGCCUGCUCCCCCUGGGAGGCGAGGACCCACCCUUCCCAGCAGUACCAGCAGUAGCAUCGUGAGUGCGAGCCCACAGGCCCUGGCAGCUUUUGGAAUUGGGGCUCAGCACCAGGGCCUGGGAAAGCUGGACAUGAUGGCCAUCGUAUCCCUGUGUCGCCUAGACAUCAAGCGAGGCCAAUGCACACUCGGGGUGCAGUGUGCUCCAUCCCGGCCUGCAGGAGUCAUGCCCCCUACAGCCAGAGGGCUGAGCACAGAGGCCCAGAACACCAGCCCAGGGCCCCAGGCUGCAGCUUCCUCCCCUGGCCACACCUUCCCGUGCAGUAUGCAGGACCCUGGCCUGGGAGCCUCCCCAAAACUAGGGUGGGAAGGGGUGACUGCGUCCUCCACAUCCCCUGACCCAGCGCUGCAAGGCUCGCUGCGAGUCCUGCAGAGGAAAAGGAAGCUCCAGGCAGCAGGCCAGGAGGAAGGCCCGCCAGCUCCUGGGUCCACAAGGCCCUCACAGGCUGUCACCCAGCCUCAGCCCCAGCUCCAGCACCAGCACCAAAGAGCCAGCCCCACACCCCAGGGGCAGGCCACCAGCCUGGGCUCUACCUGCGCCCCCGCUACCAUCGCCAGAGGCUCCGUGGUGUGGUACAAAUGCGCGGAGCACCCCUUUUGGCCGGCAGUGGUCACCAGUGUCAGCCUCAGCCGGCAGAUGGCCAGGGUGCUCUUGAUCGAGGCCAACCUGUGCGGGGAGCGCAGCGGCAUCCGGGUGCCUCUUGGCAGGCUGAAGCCCCUGGACUGUGAGGAGAAAGCAAAGCUGGUGCGCAGAGCCAGCAGGGCCUUCGGGCCCAGCCUCGCCUGGUGCCUCUCCCUGGUGGCCCACUACAGAGAAGGCCUGGCGCGAGGGUCUUUCCGGGGCUCCUUCCUGGAGUACUACGCGGCCGAUGCCAGCUACCCCCUCCGCAGGGCUCUGCGAGGGGGACCAGGUCUGCUGCCCCUGUGCUUCCCUGAGGUCCACUACAGCGACCUAGAGGACUCUGAGGAGGAGCAGCAGGAGGAAGAGGACUCGCCACAUCCCAACCAGGCUCUGGGUUUGAAGGUGCCCCGCAAGAGGCUGCUGCCCGACCGCACCCGGGCCGUGAGGGACCGCACCAACCAGAAGAUAGUGGAUUUCAUCGUGAAGACCAAGGGCACCGACUGCCACUUGCUGGACAUCGUGCAGGGCAGGAAGCCAUCUCGCUGGCUGGAGGCCUUCUUGCAAGAGCGCAGGUACCUCGUCUGCGUGGAGACCUACCUGGAGGACGACGACCAGCUGCUCCUCGUGGCCCGACACCUACAGCGCCUCUGUGAGCGCACUGAGGAGCCCAUGCUGGCUCUGCGUGCAGUGGACAAGGUGAGGCUGGUGAUGGAGGUGCUGCUACCAGAGGCUGUGAUCUGCUCCAUCGCCACCCUGGAGGGGCUGGACUACCACGGCGCACAGGAAAAGUUUCUGCGUGGGCCCCUGGUGCACCCUCGAGAGAAAGAGCUGUUUGACAGGAAGAUCAGGAGAGAGAGGAAGAAGAGAUCCAGGGCCAGCGAGGAGCUGCUCUGCACCCCUCCUAAGUCUGCGCCCACACCCUAGUGGGGAACCCUCCUCCUCAGUCCGUGCACAGAGAGGCUGUGCUCACAAUAAAAGCUCUGCACCCCUCC